CUAGUAUUAGGUAAACAUUAAAGUCGGUGAUUAUUAUCAAUAUUAUUUUAAUAUUUGCUUCAAGUUCCAGACUAUAAUCUCUUAGUUUGACCCACAGUCGUCAUUCUACCAGACCAACAGUUAGUAUACCCGUUGGGGAAGUAGCAGCGCGAUUUCUUUUCAUCCCGGCUGUUCCGACCUCGGGGGAAGGAGACCGGCCGCUUCGGAUUGUCACCUGUUCUCACUUGUAAACUACGACCGACUCGAUCGCAUUUCUUAUCCAGUCAGACGGUCGGAUGACUCAGCUUUACAUGUUUAAACUUAAUCUCACUUUCUUCACGAUAACUACAUGUACUUCCCCUUUGUAUUAUAAGAUUUGAUAGUAAAUAUUGUUUGCUAUUUCAAUAAGUCCUUCAUAAUGCCCUCUAGGGCAGAUAUCACAUACUUCGGCGCCGGGCCGGCCUUGCUGCCCACCUCCGUCCUUGAAAACGCCACGCAAGCUCUCCUGAAUUACAACGACACAGGACUAGGCAUUGCUGAACACUCACACCGUUCUCAACAUGCUGCCGAUAUUAUUAACCAGGCAAAGGCUGAUCUAGCCAGCUACCUUGAUAUUCCAGAAGACUAUGAGAUCCUCUUCAUGCAGGGUGGCGGCAGCGGCGAAUUCUCUGCUACCGUCUACAACUUCGUUGGCACCUGGGUAACUAAGAAAAAGGCUGAAGUUUUAAAGCAGCUAGGUGCUCAAAGUGAGGAGGAGGCUAAUCAAGAAGAGCUCGUAUCAACGCUCAAAAAAGCCAUUGAUGCUGAGCUAAAGUUAGAUUACCUAGUAACGGGCGGAUGGUCGUUGAAAGCCUACCAAGAAGCCGGCCGUCUGCUAGGCCCAGAAUACACCAAUCUGGUUACUGAUUCCCGAACUGUGAACCAGGGGAAGUUUGGUAAGAUCCCAGAUGAGAGCACAUGGAAGCUUUCCAAAAACGCUGCCAUGGUAUACUAUUGUGACAACGAGACCGUUGAUGGCGUUGAGUUCCCUGAGUUCCCCGGCACUCUAGCGCCCGACUCGAAUGGUGAAGGCCCCAUCGUCGUUGCGGAUAUGUCCUCAAAUAUUCUGUCGCGAAGAAUCCCGGUUAAAAACUUUUCGGCCAUCUUCUUCGGCGCGCAAAAGAACCUUGGCUCGACGGGGGUUACCGUAGUCAUCAUUAAGAAGAGCUUGCUUCCCCCAGCAUGCCCACAGCCUUCAGCGGCGUUGAUGAGAAAACUUGGCCUUCCAAUUCCCCCGAUUAUAUUUUCUUACGAGAUUAUUGCCAAGAACAACAGUUUGUACAAUACACUCAGCAUUUUUGAUGUUUACAUUGCUGGCCAAGUACUCAAGAAACUGCUCACAACGUUUCCGGAUAAGGUUGACGGCCAACAAGCCAUUGCUGAUCGGAAGUCGGAAAUCAUCUACAAGGCCCUUGAGGCACACCCGAAUAUCUACAGGAUCGUCCCAGAUAAGUCAGUGCGCUCUAGGAUGAAUAUUUGUUUCCGCGCAACUGUAAAUAAUGAUACAGAUGGUGCUGAAGCAAGGUUCCUAAAGGAUGCAACAGCUCUUGGACUCACCGGCUUGAAAGGGCAUCGAAGUGUGGGAGGCAUCCGUGCUAGCAACUACAAUUCGAUCUCACUCACCGGGGCCCAGAAACUAGCAGAAUUUAUAAACAACUUUGCUCAAAACCAGGGUUAACAAUCUCGAGUAUAAAGAUGAUGGUGCCAAUGAGUACGGCUUUGGUAACCGGUAAACCCGACCCGGAGAAGGACACCGGGAGAACAUAGCGGAUAGUAGGACUCACUCGCUCCGACGUCAGCAUUUGUCUAAAUUACUGCGAAUUUGAGGUGUCGGUUGCUUUUACACAGCAUGGCACGGUAAU